UCGGUGUGUGACCACCAGAGGGCGCAAAUCCGGGGCAGGGUGUGUGUGGCAGAGCUGUGGCUGUCAACGGUAGGGGUGCCCACAAUCGAUUGGUACCUCAGCGAUCAUUCAUUCACGGCCGAGAGGAAAUUCUCACUCCUCGGCACCACUUUUGCCAUAAAAGUUUAAUUUAAUUGUUAUCGCAACUUUAUUUUAGGCCUAAUUGCAGCACCAAGUACUUUGUCUUCUUGAAUUUUUAAAAACCGUGUAAAUUAAUCGUUAUUUUAGUCCUCUUAAGGAAAAUGAGUUAGGAAAAAUUGUUUAUGUGGGCUUGCUCUAUGUACACCAUGUGUAAAUAUGUGGAAAUAGGUUUUCAACCUAUUUACACCAUGUGGAAAUAGGUUUUCAACCCGGCGCUGGUGUUUCCAAGCACCUAAAUUUCACCACUAAAUUUAAACAAAUUGUGUCGCCGGCUGACGUAAAGAAGCUGUCUUCUUUGCAACAGGUCUAUGGAAGGUUAUCUGGGGUCUUUAUUGCAAUCUUUACCCUCUUCCUUUUUCCAGCGACAACAAAACGGCCCUUUUAAAUUGAAAUUUUGUCCCUUUAAUUGAGCCGAAAUUGGUGUAGGCAGGUGGACUCCUUUACGGCCGCGUUGCUUGUGCCACUGGCUUAUCUGGAAAAGCAGCGUCUCUUGGGGGGGCUUUGCGGUGUCACCUCGCAUUAAACUGGUGACAAAUUAGAAAAGCGUGAAAUGACACGCAGACUCUUUCGGGCGCCCCAGGUGAAGCUGCAGAUUUGCUCCGUCACUCAGCUCAUUGCUUAAUAAGCCUCAAAGGGCGCUCAGAAAUUAGUUCAGAUGUUUGCAAAAUUAGGACUUCGCUUACAUCCUCCUCUGGUGUGAAAUACGUACGGAACUUCACUAUGUGUCAUACAUGAAGCGAGCACCAUGCAAUAUAUAGUAAAUGAACGUAUUUGAAGAAUCCGUAGCAAAUAUGCGCGUCGACACGGGAAUUUAAAUGAUAAUGCUGGAGAUGCCGGUUCUUACUCUCGACCACCCGGUGGAGACAGUGCAUGGUGCUUAUGGCAUAAGCCGAUGACUUCGGUCAGUCUGGAGGCGCCUGAAAAGCAACCAGUUGCGCUUGAAACGCCUGAGAGCGGAGAGGAGCUUUAAUCCGUGAUCGCAGCCGGGUGGCGGGCAAUCCCUGAGCAGAUCAUGGGGAUGCUCGCCUGAAACGUGCGAUCAGCUGGUAAAACGAGGACGGGGGGUGGGGGGGUGAGAUCGGUAACGGGUUUUCCUUUCCCACUUUACUUCGCACCCAUCUCACUGUGUUCAGAGCUGACAUGGUGGAGCUUGAGAAGGAGGUUCUGCCGCUGCCGCCGAGGUACCGGUUCCGAGAUCUCUUGCUGGGGGACUGGCAAGCGGACGACAGGGUGCAGGUCGAGUUCUAUGUGAAUGAGAACACAUUCAAAGAACGCCUGAAGCUCUUUUUCAUUAAGAACCAAAGAUCUAGUUUGAGGGUGCGACUGUUCAACUUCUCCCUGAAGGUGCUGAGCUGCCUGCUGUACAUCAUCCGCGUGCUGCUUGAUGACCCGCGGGAGGGUAGGGGUGGAUGCUGGAGCUGCCCCAAGCAGAACUCCUCUGCACAUCCCUGGAGCCAUUUUGACUGGUCCUUCAUCAUUUGGGUGAACAGGCCGGUCCCUCUCUGGGCCCUCCAGGUGCUCGUGGCCUUCAUCAGUUUUCUGGAAACCAUGCUACUCGUGUACCUCAGUUACAAGGGCAACGUGUGGGAGCAGGUGCUGCGGGUCCCGUUCGUCCUGGAGAUGAUCAGCGCUGUUCCGUUUGUCGUCACGGUGUGUCUGCCCUCCCUCAGAAAUCUGUUCAUCCCCGUGUUCCUGAACUGCUGGCUCGCCAAGCACGCCCUGGAGAACAUGAUUAAUGACCUCCACAGGGCCAUCCAGCGUACGCACUCAGCCAUGUUCAACCAGGUCCUCAUCCUGGUCUCCACGCUGGUCUGCCUCAUGUUUACCUGCAUCUGCGGGAUCCAGCACCUGGAGCGAGCAGGGAACAACUUGACCCUGUUCGACUCGCUCUACUUCUGUGUGGUCACCUUCUCCACGGUGGGUUUUGGUGACGUCACGCCCAAGAUCUGGCCCUCCAAGCUGCUGGUGCUCAUCAUGAUCUGCGUGGCGCUCAUCGUCCUGCCCAUCCAGUUCGAGCAGCUGGCCUUCCUCUGGAUGGAGCGCCAGAAGUCAGGCGGUAACUACAGCCGGUACCGGGCGCAGACGGAGAAGCACGUGGUGCUGUGCGUCAGCUGCCUGAAGAUCGACCUGCUCAUGGACUUCCUCAAUGAGUUCUACGCCCACCCCCGGCUGCAGGACUACUACGUGGUGAUCCUGUGCCCAGCCGAGAUGGACGCCCAGGUGCGUCGGGUCCUGCACAUCCCGCUCUGGGCCCAGAGGGUCAUCUACCUGCAGGGCUCUGCCCUCAAGGACCAGGAUCUGAUGAGGGCCAAGAUGGACGAUGCGGAGGCCUGCUUUAUCCUCAGCAACCGAUUUGAAGUGGACCGCAUCGCCGCUGAUCAUCAGACCAUCCUGAGAGCCUGGGCAGUGAAGGACUUCGCCCCCAACUGCCCCCUGUACAUCCAGAUCCUCAAACCCGAGAACAAAUUCCACGUGAAGUUCGCAGGUCAGAAAGCGAGGGGAAUCGAAAAAGCGCGCGCAUGUCCGUCCUCGUCCAUGUGAGGGCGAUGUGUGCCUGGAGUCUCCUUAGGGGGGGAGGGCGUGGCCGGCUCCGCUGACCAAUGGCAGCGCACCUACAGGCGCUGCUCGGCCAAUGAGGUCCACCACAUCCGCCUGGAGGAGAGCAAGUUUUUUGGGGAGUACCAGGGAAAGAGCUUCACCUUUACGUCCUUCCAUGUGCACAAGAAGUAUGGGGUAUGUCUGAUAGGCGUACGCCGUCUGGACACGGCCAACAUCCUGUUGAACCCGGGCCCCUGUCACAUCAUGGCCGCCUCCGACACCUGCUUCUAUAUCAACAUCUCCAAGGAGGAGAACUCGGCGUUUGUGCGGGGGCAGCGCGAGUCUCUGCUGGGCCCCGGGGGGUGUGCUCCAGGGGCCCCUCACACCAUCUACCACGGGUUGACACGCUUGCCCGUUCACAGCAUCAUCGCCAGCAUGGGUACGGUCGCCAUCGACCUGCAGGACUCCGGCGACAGCGGCGACGGGGCCGGGGCCGGGUCCAAGGGCUCGGCGGGCCCCGAGAGCGGGGGCGUGGCUGAGAGGGGCUGUGACCCCAGCACGGAGAGGGGGAACACCCUGAGUCUCCCCAUAACGGUGGACGCCGCCCCGCCAAGGCGACACAGCAUCGCCCCCGUCCUGGACCUGGGGGAGGUCAAUGGCCCCACCUUUGACCUGCUGGGGGACCAAUCGGAGGACGAAGCAGGCGAGGAUGGCGAGGAGGGUGGGAAGGCCGCCAACUCUCCCAGUCCUUGGUGGGGAGGACACUGCGAGUGGGUGAAAGGGUACCCCCUGAACUCCCCCUACAUUGGCAGCUCCCCCACCCUCUGCCAUCUCCUCCAGGAGAAGGUGUCCUUCUGCUGUCUCCGGCUGGACAAGGCCUGCCACCACGUGCCCUACGAGGACGCCCGCGCAUACGGCUUCAGGAACAAGCUGAUCAUCGUUUCGGCCGAGAGGGCGGGAAACGGGCUCUACAACUUCAUCGUGCCUCUGCGGGCAUACUACCGGCCCAAGAAGGAGCUCAACCCCAUCGUGCUGCUCCUAGAGAGCCCACCCGAGGCUGACUUCCUGGAGGCCAUCUGCUGGUUCCCCAUGGUAUUCUACUCCGUGGGAUCCAUCGACAACCUGGACAGCCUGCUCCGCUGUGGCGUCACCUUCGCCGACACCAUGGUGGUGGUGGACAAGGAGAGCUCCAUGAUCGCGGAGGAGGACUACAUGGCCGAUGCCAAGACCAUCGUCAACGUCCAGACUCUCUUCAGGCUGUUCCCAGCACUCAGCAUCAUCACGGAGCUCACCCACCCUGCCAAUAUGCGCUUCAUGCAGUUCAGGGUGAAGGACCAUUACUCUCUAACACUGUCCAGGCUGGAGAAGAAGGAGAGGGAAAAAGGCUCCAACCUGGUCUUUAUGUUCCGCCUGCCCUUUGCUGCAGGGAAGGUCUUCAGUGUCAGCAUGCUGGACACGUUACUGUACCAGUCCUUUGUGAAGGACUACAUGAUCUCCAUCACCAGGCUGCUUCUGGGGCUGGAUUCUACUCCGGGUUCUGGGUUCCUGUGUGCUAUGAAGAUCACGGAGGAAGAUUUGUGGAUCCGCACUUAUGGCCGGCUCUACCAGAAGCUGUGCUCAUCUACCGGAGACAUCCCCAUCGGCAUCUACAGGACUGAGGCACGGACACUGCCUGUAUCAGAGUCCCAGGUGUCCAUCAGUGUGGAGGACUGCGAGGACACCCGCGAGGGCCGCGAGCCCCUGCUGUGCCGGGCCGGCCCCCACUGUAACUCCACCUCCUCUGAGCCACCCUCCGCAUCCUCCUCUGAGCACCCGCUGCUUCGCCGUAAGAGCAUGCAGUGGGCGCGACGCCUGAGCCGCAAGGGGGGCCGGGGCCCGGGAGGGGCCAAGGGGCCAGGCAGCGCCGCUGAGCGCAUCAGCCAGCAGCGGCUUACGCUGUUCCGCCGCUCCGAGCGGCAAGAGCUCAACGCCCUGGUGCGCACGCGCAUGAAGCACCUCGGCCUGUCCCCGUCUGGAUACAAUGGAAUGACGGACCAGUGCAACACGUUGUCCUACAUCCUCAUCAACCCCUCGCCAGACAGUCGUCUGGAGCUUCACGACGUUGUGUACCUGAUCCGGCCCGACCCGCUCUCCCAGGUGCCGGGCCGAGGAGCCCCCCAGAAUGCUGGCUCUGGGCGCUGUGAUGGGCACAGGUUCCACACACGGGGCAGUACGCAUCUGUAGGCUGGGGAGCGUGGAGUGACAGGAACGGACGAGGCUGCGGGGACCAGGAGGGGGCGCUGUCGCGGAGGGAGGAAAAUCAGCAGAGGGGAGGAAGAGGAAAGAGCUGCACUUUUAAUCAUUUCUGCACCAAAUACGAAAUCCUGCCUUUAUGUGUGUAUUUUGGGGAGACGGAGGCUUCUGCUGCCUGCUUUUAUUUUCUCUCCGCACUGAGAGACUCUCAUUUUCAGCCAAGUCGCUAAACACCUACAUGUAUGCUGGGCGCCAACCAGCAUACAC